UUUGAACGAGAAGCGGCAUUCGCUAAGAAAACUCACUAAGAAAUGGAUAUAUGUCCUUAGAAACGUCAUCGUUGAGUGUAUGGUGGAUUUGCUUUUAGAACGAUGAAGCCAUUGAAGUCGAUGUUUUUGAAAACUUAUGGCAGACAGCGGAUGAAGGUCUCAGGUUGGCUAACGCCCGUCGCACACAGAAAAGCCUUCGACUCUUCUGCCUCCAGCGACAGCGAUGACUCCAUAUUCCUGCCGAAAGCUGCCAAAACCAAGCGGCGCAAACGAGUACGUCAGCUGAAGACGGACGACGUGAGCAAGGAGGAGAGUCAACCCAUCAAGCAGAGAAAAACCGUUAAAGCAAAGAAGUCAACCACUUGCAGUGGUGAAACACUUGGUAAUGCAAAGAGGAAAGCGAUCCUGGAUCUACCUGCAUUUGAAAACAGUAGUGACGAAGAGAAUGUUGGCCUAGUCCCAUCCUGCCAUGCCGCCGUUCGGCAGCACCACGUGAUCAGGGUUCCUCCUCCUCGUUCUGUGGGAUGUUUUGUUACCCGAAGAAGAAGAUCGGUCUUCACAAAGCCCCAUGUGCUCAACUCCUCAGAUGAGUUUACUUCUCAAGGAAGAGAUUUUAAGGGCUUUAAAGGUCGCCGUCCCUCAGAGAAAAAGCAAAAAUGCCCACGGUCGGACUCCGAUUCCCCCGCUGAGAUUGUGGCAAAGAAUAUGGGAGCUAGCUUUUUGAAAAGGCCCUUUCAGGAAAUUUCCCUUAACCAGUCAGAUGAUCACAGCCUUGAAUCAUGCACCAAGAAACCCAUCUUUUGCUCCACCCCUUCAGCAAAUUUAGUUGGCAAGUUGUCUUGUCUUGGCUCCUUCUCAAUGAUUGAUCAAUCCCUUAAUGCUCCAUCAACGUCACUGAGCUGCGUGGAUCUUCAAAGCCCAUUUCAGGGGAGUGUUGGGUCCCCUCCACUUCUACAGACUUUUUCUACAAAGGAGAAUGUUGAGCAGGACAGCCUUGAGUGCAACUCGACUGAAAAUGUUGAGAACGCUUCUGCUGACCUGUUUGAAGUUAAGAGCAUGGAGUUAGGAAAAGGUCCAAGUGACGAUAUCAAGAACGUUGGAUUAAGUGUUACUCUACAUACGAGUGACAGUGAGAGCAGCAGUAGGUUUGUUUUGGCUGCAAAUGAGCUGGUCACAUACGAUCUGAAGGAGCAGUGUUUGACCCACCCAUGUAGUGUACAGCUUGAGAGAAUUGACCUUGGUUUGGUUUUUAAUCAGUCUACUUAUUUAUCAUGUUUGGAGUGUUCAAGCCCAAUUAAUAGUCCAGAACCUCAGCCACUGUCUUGUGACCCACACACUCUGUUCAAUAGUAACAUGUCUGUGACUGAGGAUGAAGCAAGCCAUCAUAUUAAGUCAAUGGUUUACACUGAGACUUGCCAACGUCACGACCCUUUGAUUGAAAUUGAAAAGAUCAACGUUUCCCAAGAGAUUAUAGACACACAGUCAACUGUAAACUCUUCAAAGGUUUCUGUGAAGCAGUCGGUGCUUGAAAAAAGCCAGAACCUUCACUGUAGUGGUGGCACAAACGCACUUUCUUCUGUUUAUAUGGACAUUGCUGCGCCGAAAGACAAAAUCCGUACCACAGACUGCCAAGUCCAACUGAAGCAAUUAGAUUUGUCGCCAUUCAAAGAAUUCAGGCCACCAUUAUCUUGUACCUGCCCUCAUUCGUUGGAUAUGGCCGAGCAAAUGCAGGACGAUGACGGUUUUACACCUGUAAGACUAAGUAUUGAGGGAAAUUGUGAGGCUACUGGAUGUCAAGACAAUGCUGUGGUCAAGGAACGCAGGACAUCUAACAAUGCACAGAUAGAAACACUUGAUAAUAUUUUAAGAAUGAAAUGUAUAACUGAUAAUGCUGUUGUUAGGAUAACAAGAGCACCACUGUCUCAGUUGCAAAAGAUGUUGAGCCAGAGGCAGCCAUCCAGUGAAGUGUCAUACAUACCCACUGAUGUCCAGGUGUGUGGACCAAGCCCGAAACUCAAUAGUGAAGUCCGUACAGAAUCAACUUCCUCUCAAACAGUCCGUCUCAGGAAGAGAAGCUCCGCUGUUCCUAUCACUGACCAAUCCUGUGCAACAAGAAGAAACAAGCCCUUGAAAAAACCUAACAGGAGGAACACGUCAACAGACCGAUCAGGCACAUCCCGGAAGGCUGGCGUCAGUGGACUGAGUGUGAGUCGCUGGAAAAACAAAGGGAACAGCAGCAGAACUUUGCAGAAGGAUGAUGCCAGGGGCCUGGACAACAGCAUUGUUGAGCUGAUCUCCAAACAGCACAAACAAACUCUGGAUAUGUUGAAACCGGCAAUGGGUUUCUCCACUCCGUUGAGAGCUGGUCACCUCAAACUGUCCGGACUGCCCUCAGACACCCACACCUGGAGCCAGCUCAAAGCUGCCCUUUCCGUUCAUCGUAAAGGCAAAGUGCUGCUCUCUCCCAGGGUUCUUCAUACGCCCUUUUCUCCUGGUGAGAGUGGAAUGAUCGAUGUCAGCCGCGAUCUCUUCGCCACACCCUUUCGUACUCCACUUCCCAAACAUCUUCGUUCGCAACUGCUGAGUAAUGACUCUAUGAGUGAGGAGGAUCUGUCUGAUGCUGAAAAAGUCUUUGCAGAGUGUAACCAGCAGAGGCCGCUGCCCUGGCAAGCGUGUGUUCUGCCUGUGCAGAUGGAAAAAAUUACAAAGAUAGGGGAAGGAACGUUUGGGGAGGUCUUCUCCACUACAAAUGCUGCUGGAGAAACUGUUGCCCUAAAGGUGAUUCCUGUGGAAGGCACAGAGAAGGUGAAUGGUGAAGACCAAAAGACCUUUGGAGAGAUCCUUCAUGAAAUUAUCAUAUCAAAGGAGCUCAGCAGCCUGAAAGAGAAGCAACAGAAUCAUACUCACGGCUUCAUUGGACUACAUGAUCUCCACUGUGUGCAAGGAUGUUACCCCCCUCAAUUCCUGAAGACAUGGGAUGACUUUGACCAAGCAAAAGGUUCAGAGAAUGACAGACCAGAUUUCUUUGGAGAAGAGCAGCUCUUCAUCAUUUUAGAGUAUGAAUUUGGAGGCGUCGACCUGGAGAACAGUAAUGGGAAGCUGCCGUCUAUAAACACUGCGAAGAGCAUCCUUCACCAGGUCACUGCGGCUUUAGCUGUCGCUGAGCAGGAGCUCCACUUCGAACACAGGGAUCUUCACUGGGGCAACAUCCUCGUCAAGAAAACAAGCCAGAAGACAGAGAGUUACCUCCUCCAAGGAGCGGCCCAAAGGGUGGAAACCGGGGGAGUGCUCGUCCGCAUCAUCGACUACUCACUCUCCAGACUGGAAAUUGAUGGUCUGACGGUGUCUUGUGACAUCUCCAACGACGAGGAACUCUUCCAGGGCUUGGGAGAUUACCAGUUCGACAUCUACAGACUGAUGAGGCAGGAGAACGGGAACAACUGGAGCGUCUACCACCCCCACACCAAUGUGCUGUGGCUCCACUACUUGUGCUCCAAACUGCUCACCAUGGAGUAUCGCAACAGCGGAGGGAAGGCUGGCAAAAAAACCAGAACCCAACUGACCUGCUUCCAGAAGGACUUGCUUAAGUACAGUUCGGCAAUGGAAGCCCUCGAAUAUUUCAAUUGAAACUUCCAUUGCAACAGUGACUGUGGUUUUAUUAAAAGUUUUACUUCUCUUUCAAGAUUCACUUCUUGUCUCAUGUUUAUCUAAUGUUAUUUUCUAACAAAUACUUAAUUUGUUUCAUUUUGAUUUUUUUUUUUUUAAUUCCCAAUGUUUGUAUC